GUUGUUUCAGUUCAGGCAUGAUUGAGGAUUGAACGUCUCUCUCGGCUCUCACUUCAAAAUCGUACUGUGCAUCAGUGAAUCUCCCGUUCGAGUCCACAAGAAACGAAUAUGCGUAAAUUUGUUCACUUUCCUCUGUGCAACAUUAUUUGAAUGAAGAUCAUGUAGGAAAAAGAAAGGAUAGAGAGAAAGAUAGAGAAAGAGAUUAGUAAAAAGCAUGAGUGUUUCUUUAACAGUGAUGACCUUCAACCUCCAUGAAGAUCAGCCACCAGACAGUCCUAAUUCAUGGGCAAAGAGGAGGGAUUUGUGUAUCAGCGUCAUCACCAGUUACUCCCCAGUGAUCCUCUGUACCCAACAAGGAGUGAAAUCCCAGUUGGAUUAUCUUCAGCAGGGCUUGCCAGGUUAUGAUCAUUUUGGAAUAUCUAGGAAAGGAUCACAAGACACUUCAGAUGAACACUGCACCAUCUUCUAUGAUAAGGAGAAGGUAGAGCUGGUAGAAGGUGGAACUUUCUGGUUGUCAGAGUCGCCUUCUGUCCCCGGAAGCAUGUCAUGGGGUUCUGUUGUUCCAUGUAUUGCAACAUGGGUGACAUUCCAACUGAAAGGAGUCGAGCCACCAGGCUUUUCCUUCCAGAUAGUCAAUACAAAUAUAGAUGAGAACAGCCCUCGUGCCCGUAGACGAAGUGCUUUACUCACAUGGCAGCACAUCGCAUCCCUACCUCCUAGCUUACCGGUUGUAUACUGCGGAGGGUUCAACACACAAAAGGAAUCGACUACAGGGCGUUUUCUACUUGGGAGAUCAAGAGAGCAUGGUGUAAUGGGGGAUAUGAGGGAUGUAUGGCCCAAUGCCCGUGUGAGAAAAAAUGUUUCUCUCAUACGCACUUACCAUGGAUUCAAAGGUAACAAACAAGGAGCUGUUGAAUACCUCAAACUGAUUUUUAGAGCUCUUUGCCUUUGCUGGGAUCGCCAAACUCAGGAUCUACACGUAGAUUGGAUUCUCUUCAGGGGUAGAUCUCUAAUUCCUGUUUCUUGUGAAGUGGUGAAUGAUAACAUUGAUGGGUACUAUCCAUCCUCGCACUAUCCCAUAUUUUCCGAGUUCAUGCUUCCUCGUAGUGUGAGAAUGCUUGAACCACCUACUCAAGAGGAAAACUAAAUGCUAUCCAAUUCUCCUACUUAGAGCGCUAAUGGCACAAUGAUGCUUGCAAAGGUCAGAUAGCUAUUUUGACCACAUUUGGUGUGGUUGUGUACCCAUGUAAAUAUCUUUUAACUUAUUUUUGGGGCGCUCUGGAAAUCAUGUAUGGAUAUAAUUUCAUGUGAAUGUCUUAAAAGGGAAAUUUGGUACACUUGUAGAUCAAGUUUCUUUUUCUUUCUUUUUUUGUUCUGUGUGGCAGUCAGGGUUGAAGUUUAAGACUUUGAAUCCUGUUUGUAGCACGUCUAAAGCAAAAACCCUUCUUAGCC